AUGCGGCACCAGCUGCCAUGGUUCCUGCUGUUGGGAACUUUGCUGCUGGCUAAGCGCCUACCGAGGAGGCGGCAGCUCAUCACUUGGGGCAAUUCGAGUUGCUGGAAAGAUGGCGAUUGGCGCGUCUACGAGCUCUGCUGCUUUCCCAUUCCCAACACCUUUGCCGGCCAGGUGGAGGUGGAAGAGGAGGGCUUCCCAGGUUUCUCCGUUGGCCGACGCUCUUCGACCGGAGUCUUCCCGUCCUGUUGGCUGGGGAAAAACUUCAAUGAAUCUGACUGUUGCCGACCCAAGGGAUCUUUCUUCAAGAUGGAUGUCCGAUCCUUGCCACCACCCGUGGCGCACCUCUUUAAUGGCUGCCAGGCUGCGAGCUGGCAGAGCUUCCUUUUCAAGCUGCGUAUCACAGGUGGUGUCAUGUGGGCCGUGAACGCCAGGAUCCUCAAUUGGUUUUACGACUUCGACUUCGGUAAGAGAAAAGCUCGACAAAGUUUCCAGCAUUGGUCAAUUCCCACGCGCAAAUGUCCCAUUGGCUAUGCCUUGAUGCGAAUCCUGGAGCACUACCUGACCUUCCUGACGCUGGAUAAGCUGCUGCCCUCGGAGCCCUUCGAGGUCCUGGAAAAAGCGGAGGCCGAGUUGAAGCCCUUCGGUGGCCUGUUUGCCGCGGUGGGAAUUUCUUGGCAUCAGCUGCAGUACAUCAGGUUGCUGUACAGCCUUCAGAACCGGCACUUCAGCGGCGAGCCACAAAGGCCCCUGGCAGCGGCCCCGGCCGUCGAAUGGCACGAGGGCGCCACGGGCUUGGACCUGGGCGCCUCGCAAGGCGUGGAUGCAGAGAUGAUGCUGCGCCAGGGGCUGCAGGUGUUGGCCGUGGAAGGCAACGCGGUGGCCUUGCAGUACUUCAGAGAGCGGAUGGCGAAGGAGACGUCGCCCAUCGCUUCAGCGUUGACAAUGGUCCACGCAGCCACAGGGGGCUGUUCCGUUCCGGCGCUGGUGGAGUUUCAGGUGGAUGACCACCACGCCGAGAAGUCCUUCAUCUUCGAUGCCAGGAAAGACACGCCGUUGGUGGAUGCAACUAUGACCCGGGUGCCGCAAAAAUCCUGCGGCGCGCUGUAUCGCCAGUUUGUGAAACACUCUGCCGUGUACGUGAAGAUUGAUUUGGAAGGCACGGACCUGGAGUGCUUGGGCAGCUUGCUGCGCAACGGCACCAGCGGAUGGGAGCUGCCACGCUUCGUGUCGAUUGAGGUGCCACCCUCAGGAGAUGUGAUUCUGGAUGGCAUGUCCAAGCGCUGGGAAAACGAGCUCCUGGGGAGCAUCUCCGGAAGCUAUUGCCAUGCGAAACUUUGCCGUCAGCAUCUGUACAACCUGCGGUGGAUUCCAGGGCUUGACCUGGUCUCGCGCUACGGUUGGGGCGCCUCUGGCCCCUUUGGGGACCAUGCGGUGGACUGGCGCCGGGGCGAGUCAUGGGCUCCGGUCCGGCAAGUCCUUAACGAAGUCUUGGCCGCCAGCAUCAUCGCCAGGAUGUCGCACGAAUGGUUUGACCUCCACCUCCGCCGCUGCUGA